UUUUUAAAUAAAUGACUAAAAUAAAUGUCACAGUAGUGUUUUUAUUCUCUUUUUUGUUUUAAAAUAUAAUAAAUAAGCCUAAUAGUAAAUAAACAUGACAAGCAGUUUUUGUUCUCUUUAUAAACUAAUACAAUAAACGUAAGAAAAUGAACUUUAUUGUUUUACUAUAUAAUAACAACAAUAAUUUCCGUGACACAGUGAUCUCUGACUCAUUAUCAGCGUCCGGAUUCACUCACUCAUUUCCCUUCACCUCUUCCCCAUAUACUAGUACACUCAAAUGUCAUUCGCUAUAUAGGGAAUAGUGAAUGAGUGAGCGGUUUCAGACACAGCCAUGCUUACUCUUCAGUACAAUGACUAUCAAAGUGAGUCGUUUCACUGAUGAUCCUCAGAGCGGUGAAUCAAAUGAAUCAAAAGCUCGAGCCAAAAGAACCGAGUCACCGCAGAGAGUUGGAAACCCAGCACUAAGCUGAUGUACCGAGCUGCUGGUCCGCUAAACGGCGCUGUCGAGCAGUAAGAGCGCGGAAACAGAAUUCCUAUUCAUUCAGAUAACGCCGGUUCUUGAAGACUUUUCCUCUUUGCUGAUCUGGAAAACGAGCUUCAUGUUGCAGGAGAUACCGGAGCACGUGUUUAAGAGAAACGCAGGCUACUGCGUAGGACUUCAUUAUCUCCCUGAAAAAAGCUGUGAUAUGUAAGGAAUGAUUGAACUAAGCUGCUUGCAAACCACGGUCUGUGUGUGAGAGAGUGUGUGUGUGUGUGUGUGUGUGUGUGUGUGUGUGUGAGAGAGAGAGAGAGAGAGAGAGAGAGAGAGAGAGCGAGCGCGCGCGUGAGAUUGCCACCUGUGGCUGGAUUUCACCCUUAAAAACCCACGAGUGUUUCUUGGAGGAGAAACUAGGAUGUGGCGCGUGCUGCUGAGCGGGGCUGUGCUCUUUCCUAGCUUGUUUAUAAUCUUGAGGAAAACACUGCCGCUCGUUUUCAGGCGCUGGAGCGAUGCGGACGUGGUGCUGGUCAGCGAGAGGCUGGUCUCCUCUGUUCACGCCAUCAUGGCCACCACGGCUGGAAUCAUCGUGGUGUCCUCAUGCAGAGAGAAUGUGAUAACAAACAGACACUGGCUGGCCACCUCAUUUGUCCUCGAUUAUGGAGUGCCCUACAUGGCAUAUGACCUCUUCGCCAUGUACCUGAGCCACUACUACCGUUUCCGGGUCAAAGGCCAUGAGGAUUACCGAGGACACUCGCUGAGGACGAUCAGCUUAUUUGUGAGGAAAGAGUCCCUGCUGGUCCUUCAUCACAUCGCACUCCUCACCAUUCUCCUGCCUUUUACACUGUUCUUCAGGAACGACCAAGGUGAUUUCUUCAUUGGCUGCCUCUUCCUUACAGAAAUCAGCACACCUUUUGUUUCACUGGGCAAAAUCCUGAUUCAGGUGGGACUGCAAGACUGCUGGCUGCACAAAGCGAACGGCCUCAUGGUGCUGCUGAGCUUCUUCCUGUGCCGCAUUAUACUCUUCCCCUACAUGUACUGGGUGUAUGGAGCACACUACGGCCUCCCUGUCUACACCGUGCCCCUGCACAUCCCGCUCUACGCUAACUUGGGCAACAUGUGCAUCCUCACGCCACAACUCUACUGGUUCAUCCUGCUCUGCCUAAAGGGCUACCGUCUUUACAGGCGUCAGCGAAACACCAACCACCAAGACUCGACUUCAUCACCUCACGCCAAGGCAGAAUAGAACUGAAAGACUGUUCACAAUUUGGAUUGAAAUUCAUAUUUUUUCCCCUUCCCAACUGCAACUCAAAGGUAUGAAUGAUGUUUAAACUAUGAAUAAUCUCUACUUUUAAAAUGUAUUUUUGUACCAGUUUCAAAAACCUUUAAACAUGACCUUUUUAGGCGCCAUCCUCAUUUUCCAUUGCUAGGCCUUAACUGCUCCACCAUUGCUCCUUUAUUUGUUAAUGGCUGAUCGUAUUUCUGUGUGUUUCACUAUAAGACUACCUUGUAUGACCGCUCAUAGUCUUCCUUAAAGAACCACGUAAGAUUUUUAUGUUGGUGUAUAUUAGUGGAAUUGGAAGUCUUGAGGAAACUCAAUUCCUCCAGUCCAGAAGGCGGCAGCAGUUUCAGGUCUCAUGCUUACUAAGUGUUACAAAGCAUAACACAUUGUUAUAUGGUUGCAUAGUUGCUAUAUUGUUUAGGUCACUUAACAACCACAUCUCGGGGCAGCAGUUUAAGCAAAAACAAUUUUCUCAAAAUGGGAUAAUUUAUUUAUUUUACCCAAUACUACUUAAAAUACUUCUCAUGCUAAACAUGAGUUUCACCUUCCAGAGGCGGUGUAUUUAAGCUCUGGAUAGUGUUUGUGUAGAAACCAGCCAUUAGAGAACAGAAAGAAUAAUUUAAAUAAAGUAGUAGGUGACCAGGUUCCAAUAUGUUGAUGUUUUUUAAUAUAUGAAUUAGUUUAGUAGUAGCAGGAACUCAAGCCUUCUUCCAAGAACAUUCUGCAUUUCAAAAGAUCAGUUGGAUACAGUUUUUAUUACUGAAAUUUCUAUAUUCCUUAUGUACCUUUAAAGUGCAUGUUUUUUAACAUACAAAAGGUACACAUCAUAUAGGUCUAAUACGAAUGACUUAAGUGUGAUUAUUAGGUUUGUGUUAAUCCUGCUUUUCCGCCUGUUAGAUGAGAAAUAUCUCUGAAUGUCACUGACUAUCAAUUCACUGGUCCUUUCUUACUUUAGGUUCUGUGAUUUAGAGUUCAUGCUUCCCAUUUCCAUCUUUAUUUUCUCCACUGGCUUAGUUCUUGGACUCUAUACAAACAGUUAAAAUUUUUCCACUUUAAAUCUAAUGGAUCAGUGGAGACAUGUUUGCUUCUUUAGUUCUGCAUUGGAGUUAUGAAUAUGUUAUGGAGGUAGCCAUCUUGGACAACCUGAGGCACUAUUGGUUAGCUACAUUACACUUCUGGUGCAAAAUUUAAAGAUGUAAACAUCAGACAUGCAACAUGCCAGUUGACUAGCGAAAAUUCAGGGUUAAUGCAAAAUUGUCUCAAAUUGAUUAUUUUAAUGCCAUUCAAUAAUUCUCCAUUGGAUUCCAUACAACUUUGGAUUCAAUUUAAUCAGUUUGAAGAUCUAGUUACGUAUAUUAAACAAAUAAGGUUACAUUUAUUAAAAUAAGUGAACUGACUGACAAAAAUUCAAGUGACUUGAGACACUUUCAUAUUGUUAUUAUUAUUAUUAUUAGUAGUAGUAGUAGUAUUGUUAAUUUAUCCAAGUCCUACUGUAUUUCACCUUUACAUUAUCAGUGAUUAUAUACCAAGUUUAUAUACUGUGGUUAAAACACCACAUACAUCUAUUUUGGGAAAUAAUUAUUUGAUAUAUUUGAAUAAUGAUACACAUCAGAUGUGUACAAUGAAAUCUCUUACCCAUUGCAGUACUUAAAGGUCAUAACACAUACAUAGCCAGAACGUUAUUAUUCCUAAUAUAGAUGGGCUUUCUAAGCGCAUUAUAGUAAGUCUUAAGCUUAGUCUCGUAUGAGGCUUUGUUUCUGCUCAGGGUUGGUAAAGACAAUGUUAACUGGUAUCUAAAGUAAACCUCUAUAGAUAUGAAAGCUGAAAAUGUGAACACACAAAGUUGAAAUGGAAAACACCUGGAAUGACACAACUGAGUCUUUUGGUUUGUAUUUGUGCUUAGUUUUUUUUUGGUGGUUUCUCCUCCAACGUGGCUUGUGUUGUUAUCUUUGCAGUUGGAGACCAAAGAUUGACAGGCACUUUACUCGGCAAUGUCUAAUAAAUACGACUUGCCACACUAGAAGUCUUUCAGUAUAUUAAGUGCUUUGUAUACAUUGAUCUCUUUGUGCAGUGUUAGAAAUGAGAAGAACUGGUUGAAUUUUGCUUUUGUUUGAGGAAAAUGUAGAAAAUGUUAGUUAUCUAGGUUAUUUUCUGCUUUGGUUUUAACACAUCUAUGCCAGGCUGGACUCUUCACUUAGGCUGGUGCGGGAAUCAGUAUUAAGUUACUUGGGUUGAGGCAGGUUUCUUUUGUUGCAUUUGAUUGGAGGCAUUAAACAGGGUAAAGGUAUGAGACAAGAGUCUGUAUUGUCCAGCAUCAAGAUCCUGUGCCUUUUGUUUAAUUCAUGUGAGGUUCAUACACAGCUCAGGACAGGUACUGUUCACUCAUUGCAGCCGUGUUGGGUAAAUUUAAAAUAUUUACUGUGGGCCAUUUCACUCCCAAAACAAAUAUAUUGCUUGUUGUUCUGCUGGAGUCUGCCUAAGUUAAAACCUGAACAUAAUAGUUUUGCCAGUAUGCAUUUCUUUUCUUUUUUUUUAAAGAAAGUGAAUAUCAAUAUCACCCUUAUGCUAAGUGUGUAUUCUUUUGAUGUGUUUCUUGUCAUUAGAUUUGUUUCCCCAAAAACAAUUUCUUUUUUCGCUGUAUGUAAUAGUGCUUGAUCAGCUCUGCAGCCAAUGGAUUAAUGACUGAACUCAUUAGCAAUAACUGAAGGCAUCCUGCUGUACUUGAACUACACUGUAACAAGUUCCCAUUAGUUUAUCUAACUAUCUGUCCAUCCUUUUAUCAAAAAGUCUAUCCACCAUUUAUAUACUUCUUUAAACACUCAACACAUUUGUUCAUUGUUGUCCACAUUCCUUCCUCAACAAGGAAGGAAAGACCUCAUUCAAUGACGACCAUUAUGCUUUGUUUGCAUUUUGUUUCCUAAUGUGAAUUCAUAUCUUUUGUCACUUUAAUUUUCUCAAAAACACUCCCUGCCUCUUCUUAUAUUCAUGUUGAUUUUACAAAUAUAUUUAUAUAUCAGAUUUAUUAUAUAAUGAGGCUUUGAUUUUGUUUGUAGUGUAACCUUUUGAGAGAUGUCUUGUUUGAAAGUAAAUUGCAUACAACUAA